CCAAUCUGGUCUUCUUUUGUCUUCUCUUGGUGCUGCACCUGUCCUGCGAACAGACACACGAACGAGGAAGGACUGGAAGGCACACUUACCUUCUACUUCUCUUCUCUCCUCCUCUUCUCCUCUCCUCUCUUCUUCUUCACCCACUUGGAGUAUGAUGGCACCGAUGAGAACGAUGGGGUGCCUGCAGGCAGGUGGGUUGGUGCUGCUCCCCGCGCUGCUGCUGGUGGCGGCGGCAGUGUGCUGGAUGCCGUUCAUAAGCAGCGUUGCUGGAGAGGUGACGCUGGUGGAGGAUGAUGCAGGUGCGUUUCACAUCAACACGAGCGAUCCAGCGAGCCAGCCCGUGUUUGUGAACGGGAUGAACGUGGAUGCGCUCUUUGAGACAGUGGCUGCACAGCAGAGCAUGUUGCAGGUGUACCAGCAAAACGUGCAGGCGCAGCAGAGCAUGAUUGCCAUACAGCAGGACACGAUCACCGCUCAGCAGGGACGAAUCGACGCCCUUCGAGCCGAGGCGUGCAGCGCAAGCUCAUUCACCUUCGACGAUUUUGGCACUCUCGUCUUCAAAUGGGCUGGCGGGGUGCUGGCGAACAACGGCCUAAUCUACGCUGCACCUUUCAGCUCAGAGUCUGUGCUUAUCAUUGAUCCAAGCACCAACACCGCCGACACAACCACCAUCUCCGAGCUGGGCAUCGACAGUGACAAAUGGUCCGAUGCGGUGCUGGCGCACACCGGUCUCGUCUACAUGUUUCCAUCACACAGAGAAACCAUGCUCAUCGUCGAUCCCGAUACCAACACCGCCGAUACCACAACCAUUCAGUCCCUCGGUGUGGGAACGGGCAAGUGGUUUAGUGGUGUGGUGGCAGACAACGGCCGCAUCUUCGGCGUUCCGUUUUACGCCACCUCUGUGCUGCUCAUCGACGCCGCCACCAACACCGCCGACACCACCACCCUAUCAGGCCUCUCCUCUGCUACCCAUAAGUGGUACGGCGGCAUUCAAGCAGCAAACGGCCUCAUCUACUGCAUCCCAUACAAGGCAACCUCAGUCCUUGUCAUCGAUCCAGUGUCUCUCACGACGGAGGACACCACGAUUCACAAUCUCGACACGAGCCUGUACAAAUGGCGGGGAGGCGUCUUGGCACGCAACGGCCACAUCUACGCCGUGCCAGCUCGAUCUGCGACGACACUGGUCAUAGACCCAACCACGGACAGUGCCACCACAUUCAGCGUUGCUGAGGCGACGGGUUCGAACAAGUGGGUCGGAGGCGUGCUCGCACCAAACGGCAACAUCAUUGGCAUCCCGCACGACUCGUCUUCCGUCCUCAACUACGAUCCCACCACCAACACCACCGACACAACCAGCAUUAGUGGGCUUUCAGGCUCCAACAAGUGGUGGGGUGGCGUCCUCGCUCAAAACGGUCUCAUCUACGCCAUUCCAGCCACCGCUGAUGGUGUGCUCGUCAUCGAUCCUGGCUGUUAAUCCAAAACCACACCCUCCUCCUGUUGGUCAACGUUGGCUGUCCCGUCCUUCCUUCCCUUGUUUUUCUGUUCCCAUGCCAUGUGUCGUCUUGAGCGUGAUUCAUGUGCCCCAAGCUGUUUGUUUUGUUGGGCUGACAAUUACUAUGUACUCAUGAUUUCAAUGACGUUGUUUAUGUUGUAAGUUGUUGUUGUUGCGGUUGUUGUUCUUGCUGUCUUGUAUCCCCCCCGCUUCUUUCAGCCUUUGAGUUGAAUGCCAAAUGACCGCCUCCUUUCGUGUUUCAAGGUUUCACGCACACACACACACACACACGCCACAAUCGCUGCUGUGUAGCGUAGCUUGGCUGCGCAACGUUCCUCCUGCUGUGCGUGGCAUGCACGCUCAAUUCUUUCACGCCACGCCUCCUUCUUUCUCGCCAAAAUGCAGUGCAGCGCGUGCAUUUUGUUUGCUUGUUGUUGUUUGACGUGCCACCUCACCUCGCUCCUUCCUCGCUCCUCCUUCUCUCCUUUGUUCUCCCUUCAUCACUUGCCUUGCCUUGC